AUGACGGUAUUCCAACUGGACCGCAUGAACAUCGCCAGUGCCUUGACCGGCGGCUUCGGCAAGGAUAUACACAUCGACCAGAGCACCGUCAAUCUAGGAAACCAGCUGAUGUUUCUGGGUAUUAUUGUGCUGGAGAUCCCGUCUAAUCUCGUACUUCAGAAGCUCGGCCCCGACAAAUGGAUCCCCGCGCAGGUCCUCGCAUUCGGCACCAUGGCCACCUUCCAAGUAUUCCUGCACAAUCGAACCGGCUUCCUAGUCGUGCGGAGUCUGCUCGGGCUCGCCGAAGCAGGAUACAUCCCGGCCUCCCUAUACACACUCUCAAAAUGGUACGCCAAAGCCGAGCUAGCGAAACGAGUCGGCAUCUUCUUCUUCGGGAUGUUCGGCGGAAACGCCAUCUCGCCUCUUAUCGGGGCGGCGAUACUGAAACUCGACGGGAAAUAUGGCUUGAAAGGGUGGCAGUGGAUCUUUCUGAUCGAGGGCAUCUUCACCAUAACCACGGCAAUCCUCAUCCUGCUACUCCUCCCCCAAAGCCCGUCAAACCCAAGACCGUAUCUCCUAAAUCGUGGUGUGAUCGCCUUCUCUCCCGAAGACAGAGAGGUCCUACUCACUCGAAGCUCCCGAAGAGAAGAAGGAGAAGGAGAAUGUGAAAGUGAAAGUGAAAGAGAAAUUGCAGACUCCUCCAAACUGGGCCUCACCCCAGCAUCUCACAUCAAAAAAGCCCUCCUCAACUACCGCCGCUGGCCCCAUUUCCUGCUCGCUCCCUGCGUCUUCUCAACCUGGAGUCCAUUGACAACCUACACCCCGACAAUCAUGAUGACCCUAGGCUUCACGCGCCUGCAAUCCAACGCCCUUACCGCAAUCGGCGCCACCCUAGCCCUCCCCCUCGUCUUCCUCUUCGCCUACAUCAGCGACCGCACCGCCAGACGCGGCCUCACCGUCAUCGCCGCCGUGACAUGCUACCUGAUCGUGCUGAUCGUGUGUCGGUGUCUUCUGCCCCGUGCAGAGGGGAAAUGGACUCGAUUCGGCAUCUGGACGGUGAUUAAUGCCUUCGCGCUGAAUUGUGGCUGUGCGGGGGAGAGGAGUAUUGCUAUUGCGGGUUAUGGCGUCGAAUGCAGGCUUGAUGGGUGGGUCGCAGAUCUUUCAGGGGAGGGAUUCGCCCUUGUAUCUUACUGGACUGGUCGUUAUGAUUGCGUUGGUGGCUGGGGCGUUGGUGUUGGCGGUUGUGCAGGAGGUUAUUUAUCUCUGGUUAAAUUCUAG